AAAUCCAACAAGAAAGCAGAGAAACGAUCUCUUCCAUCUGAUAACGACUCUGAAAGCACUAAUAUCAGAACAGAAAGUCAAUUAGAAAACAAUACAGAAGAAAUUGUCUUUAUCAAUAUUAUAGAAUAUAUUUCUAAUAAAAUUUCUGAUCUUGAAGAAGACUCUGGUAUUUCUUUUAACUUGCGCAUUAAAAUUGAUGAUAAUACACUAACAAAUGCACAACAUGAUACAAAGCUCUUAGCAAAAUUAAUAGUAGAUGAGAUUGAGGAAGGUGAUGGGUAUAACUGGAU